AUUAGGCUCCACCUCUUUAACCAGCGCUGUCAAGACGGCGAAAAGUGUCAGGUUCACAUAAGCCACGUCUUCCUUGUCCCAGCCGGGCGUGGGCGUGUCUUAUUUGCCUCCUCCCUCCCACUUCCCGCCCAGCGUUUGGGGCUACGUAGCGCAAGUUCAUUGAGCAAACGGAUCUGGUAGAUAGGAGGGGCCGAGUGCAAUCGGCCUUCUUUUGGAUGUGAAGGUUUCCAUACACACAUACACGCACCCCGGCCUUCGUCAUGACCCCCCUCCGUAAUCUGUUCCUGCUCGUCCUCCUGGCCUUCCCGAUCACGCUCAUCGGCAACAGCAAAGGUCCUCUAGUUGCUGCCCAAGAUGCCACGGAAGAUGAAGAGGCAAUUGAUGAUUCUGUAGUAGAGGAGGAUGAUGAUGAAGCUGAAGUUGAGGAGGAUGAUACAACAGACCUGACAGAAGAAAAAGAGGAAGAGGAAGACUUAAGUUCUGGAGAGCCCAAAGCUUCCCCCAAUGCUGAUACCACUAUUCUUUUUGUAAAAGGCGAAGAUUUCCCAGCAAAUGAUAUUGUUAAGUUCUUGGUGGGCUUUACCAACAAGGGGCCUGAAAACUUCAUCGUUGAAUCACUGGAUGCCUCAUUCAGAUACCCUCAGGACUACCAGUUCUACAUUCAGAAUUUUACAGCUCUGCCUUUAAACACGGUUGUCCCCCCACAAAAACAGGCCACAUUUGAGUAUUCCUUCAUUCCUGCUGAGCCCAUGGGAGGACGUCCUUUUGGACUUGUCAUCAAUUUGAACUAUAAAGACGCAAAUGGAAAUGCUUUCCAAGAUGCUGUCUUCAAUCAGACAGUUACUAUCAUUGAGAAGGAGGAUGGUCUGGAUGGAGAAACGAUAUUCAUGUACAUGUUCCUUGGUGGGCUUGGAUUGCUUGUGAUUGUUGGUCUGCAUCAGCUGCUGGAAUCCAGAAAGAGAAAAAGACCAGCUCAGAAAGUGGAGAUGGGCACUUCUAACCAAAAUGAUGUGGAUAUGAGUUGGAUUCCCCCUGAGACUUUAAGCCAGAUCAUGCAAAGUAGACGAGAUAAGGCUUCCCCAAGAAGAUCUCCCCGCAAGCGAGGCCCCAAAAGACCGGCAGGAUCCGAUGAAUAAAAAGACUUUUCACUCUGCAAUUUUUGUCCACUAAUUUUGCUCUCCUGCUACCCAAGACGGUUACCAGAUUAAAUCCAGGCUGGCAGCAUCCAGUAGGAAGGGCUAGUCCAUGAAACAUUCACCCGUUGAACAUGCAUUCAGUUUUUCUCUCUCAAUGAUUUUACAUGCCCCCCCCCACACACACACACACACACUGUUGGUCGAAUCCCUGAUUAAGUCACCAUUUGAAUGUUACAGUGAAAAAGCCAGCGUCCGAUAUGUGUGCAGCUUUACUGGCAGAAUGGGGUGUUUUUGCAUAUGCUCCUUGCCUCUUAUAUAUGCACAGAAAAUGUCUUUAGCUAAAUUUGGGACGUCUCUGCUAAAUUGUGUUUCCUCAAAGACUUUCACUUCCAUCUACGUGUCUGGGAUUCCAGCAGUUCAGUGUGACAGAUCACUUGUUUAUUGGAGCCUUUCUGCUGCUAGUCAUUGUUACUAGCAGGGGAGUAAUGCUAAAGUUUGGCUGCAGCACAUGAAUGCACCAGCCAGUGCUUCAUAAAGCUCCACGUGGUGCGGCUAUUAUCAUAGCAGUGAAACUUUUCAUUUCACACAUAUUUAUGCCAAAUUUUCCUCCGAUAUUUGUAAUACGGGGGGGGCAGGAGGGGACUGAAAACAUAAUUUGCUGUACAGAAUUUGUGCAGAGUUUUAAAGGUAAGAUGCAUUGCAUUUUGGGAGAAAACAAUGCCCACGCAGAUCAGAAAGUUCAUCAAAAACAUGGGAAGCUGUUUUUUUUUUUUUUGAGGGGGAUUUUUAUUUUUUUUUUGUAAUGGAUGAAUUGGCUUGCACAUUGUUUGCCUAUGUGUAAAAAAGAAUAAAUUCUUCAAUAAAUAUCAAAGCUCCCUGUUUUUUGUA